UAUUCUCAGUUAAUAGUCAAUAUGGUGCUCUUGAUACUGAUGACAGUGAGUUUGGUCGUCUUGUUUGUGCUUGUGUAAGGUUGAGUUAAAGAAAAGAAUAAAAUCGUAUCUUGCUUUGCAGGAAAAGUAUUCCAGAGUUUUUAAAGAAACAUUUCUACUUGGUCUUAACCAUAAUGUCUGUCGUCACCAUUCUAUUUCUUGUAUUUGCAUCCAUGAUGAACAUUCAGUGGAAUAAUGUCACCGUUUGUAUAGUGCUUUGGAUUAUCGCCAUUCUGACAUCUGCUGUUUUCGCCACUUUGGUCGCAUUUAUUGAAUGGAAAUGUGCUCUAAUAUCAUUGGCUGUAACGACUGUGACUACAGUGAUGGUUAUCUUGUUGGCUUUCAACCUGCCGCCAUUGAAUACAAAGGGGUUCAUCUUCUUCGGUACUAUAUCAGGCCUCCUUACAGUUUUAGAUAUCGUUGCAGACAUUUGGAAUUUAUUGACCGGAGGAAAAAUUACUGUACUCUGCAUACUGAGAGCAGUU